GUGUGACAGACGACAAUGGCAGUAGAUAACGGACUUGUCAAUGGAAUGCACGCAUAGACGGUGCUAACGGACGUGAUUCGAGUUAAUGAAGAGGCGGAGCAUGUUGAUGGCUAACGUUUGGUGUGAAAUGUUUGACAGCUGUUGUUGAGAAACCGAAGAGCAGAAAUACUAAUAACAAAUACUGACAAUGGAUGAAUCAUCAUCACUGACCCUAACCAGUUCCAUAUUGAUAGCAUUAUGUUUGGUCAUAUUUGGACUGUUAUUGUACCGUUACUUUGGCCACCGUCAGGCGAUAUGGUCACGCUCAUACAAGGAGGAAAAAAUUGGCCUGUCGGCACACAAGCUAUUCAAACCCAAUGGAUAUAUGAUUCACUCCGGCUCGGAGUUGCUUCUCAGUUCAAGUGGUAGCUUCAAACGUUUCGAUACUGUCGACAAAGACUCCGUGAAAAAUACCCAACAUCAGAACUCACCCAAACAUGCCACAACACCGCUGUGGAAUUUAGGACAAAAUGAUUUGGAGAUACCACCACAACCGUUGAGGCCAGCUCCAGCACCCGGGCCACCGGCGGCAGCAUCAUCGCCAGCUGGCGGCAGCAGUCAAACAAAAAUUGUCACCUUCUCCUUGCAGCUGACAAAUGAAUGUCCGGCGGGAAUAUCGAAUCAGGAGCCCAUCAAUAUUUUCCGCUCAUCAAAUGGAGUUUCAGCGCUAAAACAUAGCAGUCCCAUAGAAAUUCCACCACUGGAGGCACCACCAAAACCAAAGGCAACAACGAAUCACAACAACAUUAAUCCGGGUGGCAAUGGCCAUGGAAACGCUGGCAUUCCAGCAACGGCCAUACCACGACCUGUAGUUAAAAAAUCACCUCAACAAAAUGGUUUUUCCUUAGAAGACAAUCCUUAUAGCUUUAAAAGUUCUGUUAUGCGCCAGGACAAACCCCCCUUGCAGAGGGCCAAUACCAACAUCUUUAGCAGUAGUAUGAGUAAUAGCAACAACAGCAACAACAAUACAAAUCCUUUUCUAGAAAAUACAGCAAAAACAAACUGCAACAAUGCCUUAAAUAUCAAUCAGAUACCAACAACAACUACAACAAUGACCAAUGACGACAUACCUGAACCAAAAACAACAUCGGCAACAACAACAACGAUUCCUGCUAAUCCUUUCAUUGAGGAAACGAAAUACCACACCAUCUCCUCGUAUCGCAAACCAAGUUUAGCCUCCCACAACGAGAUACCACCACCACCCUCCUCGGCAUCGUUUACAUUUCGCAGCCGCUCCUAUUCGCAAGCCGAGGUUCCGACCAAGGACGGUGAUGAUUCCCCCAUAAUUUCAUUGAAAAAUUUGGCCAAUGUUUUCCAAAACCCCGGCCAAUCUCUACCGAAUCCUGGCAAUCCUUUUGCCCAUGUGGCGCGCAAAAUCAAAGGACCACACAUGUUGCAAAAGACAAUAUCGGAAGAUUUUCUAUUUCGGAAAUUUGGUUACAGUGGUUUUGGUGGCAGAGGUGGGGAAGCGGCCCAAACGAAUGGUCUCAAUGGCCAGCAUGUUAAUGGCAAUGAUAUGGGAAAUGGCGGCUCGGGGUCAUCGUGGAAUUUUAGCCGUUUCCUGAUGCAGGAGGACACGCCAUUUGGCUUGUGGCGUCGCAAUAGUUCGCAGACUUCGUUGAAUUCGGGCAGCAUGACUUCUCUGGUGGAUGGUGGCAAAUUGGAGCGUGCCAUAUCCUGUGAAUCGGUGGAUUCGGAUUAUGAAUCGUUGGGCUAUAGCAAUGAUUUUGAUCAGUCGACCUAUACACAGAUUACGGGGUAUCUAUGUGUGGGACUGAACUAUGAUAAAAAUUCAAUAACACCCCAGGGUGUGGAUCUACAGGUUAAUAUUCUGGAAGCCAAGGGGCUAAUUUUACCAUUCAAAGUGGAUUCAGUAGAUACGUUUGUUCGAGUCUAUUUGGUGCCGGAUCAGACGGGAUCCCUGCAAACAAAGGUCGUGGAGGACUCCUCAACCCCGACGUAUAAUGAAGCUUUACAUUUCUGGCUCAGCAAACACUAUGCCCGGCAUUCGUUGUGGUUCCACUUGUUUCACAAUGGCAAUGCCCACACAUUAAUAGGCGAAGCUGAAAUGGAAAUUGGUGAAAUACCCAAACCCACAACGACAUGGAUACCCUUGACCGAUUCCCGCAAAGUGAAUGCCCAAUGGGGUGAACUAAUGUUUUCGCUUUCAUAUUUGCCGACGGCGGAACGCAUUACCAUUGUGGUGGUCAAGGCCCGUAACCUGCAACUGAGAGUGCCUAGCAAAAGAAAUCCGGAUAUUAUGCAUGACAUACAAAACAUUUUCGUUAAGGUCUAUUUGAUGAACAACGACAAAAAGGUUCUCAAGAAACGAACUUCGCUGAAACGCAAAGAUCGUUGCCCAGUUUUCAAUGAAUUUGUGAUAUUCAGUUUGCCGCCACAAAGUCUAACCACGGCUCAAAUACGUCUAACCGUCUAUGGGACAACACAGGAUGAUCCGGCAACGGUAACGCCUCUGGGUCAUGUUUUUGCCGGCAGUACAUGUUCGAAUGGCAAGGGUUUACGGCAUUGGCAUCAAAUGCUUUCAUCUCUAAGGAAACCGGUAGCCAUGUGGCAUGUUUUGAGGCGUGGCGGUUCCACAAUGAAUAAAUCAGGAAUCGAGGGCGAUAGCAGUGGUGUGCAUGUGCAACACUCCAGUAUUCAAUGUGCCAAAAGGAAUAGUGUAUUCUAAGCAAGCAAGUACAGUUCAAAGAAGAAACAAAUGAGGGAAAAAAUUUAAAACACCACUUCAAUGGAUGGAUGUGGUUAUGUUUGUUUACUCAUCAGUAGAAUUGUUGUGUUUUUUGAAUUGAUAAAGGAAUUGAUUACACAAGGAUUUUAUAAACUAAAUAUGAAAUCCUUUUUUGUUGACAAUAUUAUUAUUACAAGCAAACAAACAAAAACUACAUAUUUCGUAUUUAAAACAAUAACUUAAAUUAUGUAACUAGAAUAAUGUGCCAUUGUUAAGUAAUCAAAUAUUUGGAAUUUCUAAGUCCUCCCCAUUCUUUCUAUUUCAAUCUAACGCCAUAAAGUCCAAGUGAGCUGAAACCCCUUUUAUCCUCGACUGCGGAAACUAUAGUCAAAACUUUUUUUAUGUUUAUUGAAUGAUGAAAUGAAGAUUAGUUUGUCGCCAUUUUAAAAUAGAAUGGCUUUCGUUUUUAAAAUGAUAAUCUCGGUUUUAUUUGAAAUUUCAUUUUUUGUAAAUUUCAAUCAAAAUUAUAUCAAUGGAAAAAAUGUAGGUUUGUUGGGCGCCAUUUCGAAAGAUAUAGCCUUUAGUUUCUAUUUUCGAAAAAAAGUCUCGAUUUGGUCCGAAUUUUUAACAUUUUGAUAUAUUUCUUAGAAUUUAGAAAGAAUUUUCAACAUUUUUAUAUAUUUUUCUGAUUUUUAGUUAUUUUAUUCGACUUUUAUUUUAAAUUAUUUCAAUGUAAGUUUAAUAAAAUUGAGAUCGAGGUCUUAAAGAAUAAUUUUUUGGAAUAAUUUGUAUAUUACUUCUUAGAAUUUAGAUGGUCAAUAUAUGCCAAGAAUUGUGGUAUUAUUUAAUUUACACAUGAUUUUUCUUAGGUACUUUUUAUACCCUACGCUACGUAGUGUUAAGGGUAUUAUGUCUUUGUACAUUUUUUUGUAACAUGGAGAAGGAAGCGAGAUAUACCCAUAGUUACUUUCGAGGAUCUUCAUUGAAUCACUUUCUAUGUCGAUGUAGGCAUGUCCACCCGCCUGUCCGUAACUCCAUGUAUUCUUGUGAACAAAAUGCAGGUCGCAUUUAUUAACCGAUUGAGAUGGAAUUUUCCAAACAAUAUUUGUUUGGCCCAAGGACGAACCCUUUUGAAAUUGGUUAGAAUCGGUUCAAAUUUAUAUAUCUCCACCCGAUUUCGGGUUAUCGGGUUGUGCACCAAAUGUCCAAUAUCGGUCCAAAAGUCCUGAAUUUUGGAACAUCCAAUCGAAUUCAGUCCAAAUGCACGUACAUACAGUGACAAAUCGGUUCAGAUAUAACUAUAGCUUAUAUAUAUAUGUUUCAUCCGAUUUUGUGUUUAUAUCCCUCACAAACGUAAUAUGCAUCCGACAGCAAUGAUAUUUUGUACCAGAUAUCAGGUACAGCUCUGAAAUAAGUGUAUCAAAUUUUAUAAAGAUCGGAUCUGAUUUGAAUAUAGCUCCCAUAUAUAUCUUCAACCGAUUUCAGGUUAAUUGUGCACCAAAUGAACAAAUUAAGUUGAAAUAACCUGAAUUUUGGUACAUCCGACCGAAUUCAGUCUAGAAGCAAGCUACCUAUAGCUCCCAUAUAUAGGUUUCAUCCGAUUUGGUAUUCAAAUCCCUCGCAUUAUUAAUUUGCAUUCGACAACAAUGAAAUUUGGUUCCAGAUAUAUUAUAGAGCUCGGAAAUACCUCUGCUAGAUUUUAUCGAGAUCGGAUCAGAUUUGGAUUUAGCUCCAUCUUCAACCGAUUUCGGAUUAAUUGUACAUCAAAUGGCCAAUAUAUGUCCAAAAGUUGGUAAUUGGCGACAAAAAAUUGCAUUUUCAAGGAAAUUCCCAAUUUCGGAAGAGAGUCGGCCUUUGUGCCCCCACUUUUGCUACAUCGGUGGCAGUGAUACCAGAAAGCUUUAAACAGAAUGAGAUAUAACAUUCCAUAAUUGUAUCAAUACUUUUUGAAGCGUCGGGCACCACCACCAAUUGGGCAACAGUUCUGAUGCCAGGAAGAAUAUUUCAAUUUCAUUGCAAAAUCCCUUUAGCUUUGCAGGUGAAAUAGCAUUUAUGAUACCUACUUUUUCCGCUCGGAACUAUUUUUUGGUGGGAAUUUUUUUUAUGCUAGGAAAAAAGAAAAAUGCUCCAUGGAAUUGUAAAGGGAUUAAUCCUGCCCUCGUUUGUAAUUUGACAUAAAUAUGUCAUGCUACUAAUGCCAUAGUAAAAGGUGAGAAAACAUAAGAGGAUUUUUUCUGUCAUAAUUUUCGUUCAUAGUUUCGUUAAUUUUUAAAGCCAUAUUUUUAGUCAUCUGAAACUAUUUGUGUCAUAUUUGCACUAAAAUGUUUGAUUUUUAUAAAUAACAUGUUCAUUUCUUCAAAUAUUUACCUUUGUAUUUAUUACAUUUACCAUAACUGCCUCUCAAGGGUAUAAAGUAUUUAAAUCAAAGCUCUAUCCUCGAAAAAACAUUUCAGCUCAUUGGACGUAAGGCAUCAUAGGUCAAGUUUACAUUUUCGCCAUAUAUCAUGUUAAAGUGUUCGUUCAAGAUUAAUUUGACAUAAAAUACCCGAAAAUAUAUGCCAAAUAUAUUAUGAUAGAUCGUUAACCACGGUGAAGGUAUCCAAUGUAAACGUAACCUUAAAUUCCUCAAAAUAACCAAUCUAACUGCCUAAUGAAACUUAUCUAUUGAUGAGUACUACUGCCUCUCUCUCUCCCUCUGUAUGAGUUUUUACAAAACAAAUUAUAUUAAGUACAGGUUAAUCGUUUAAUAUUAUUAUUAUUUUAAUAAAUUAAAAAGAAUAUAAAAACCAAUAAAUAUUUCUAUAUGAACUACAUAAAUAUUUAACCAUUUUUUUAAAAAAAUUAAAAUUAGAGAAUUUACACCUGUUAUUUACUACCACUCACCACGUAUACUCACUGAUCUCACUGAUUUAACAUAAACUGUCUGUCUCUCUCUCUACUUCUCUAUCAAUAUAUCUCUUUGCAUUUAACUCUCAGUCCCCUCUGUUAUAAUCACUAUUCUAUACAAAUUUCUAUUGAAAAAAUACACAUUACAAACAAGCGAUAUAACUAUAAAAAUAUAAAUAUUAUUAAAUAAAAAGCGAUGAAAAUAUUAUGACCAAAAACCAAGUUUUUUAUACCUAACAUAAUUGCUAAACAAAUGAAUUCAAAAUAAAACUAAAUGUUGUUGAAAGUAUCUAAUACGUGUUAAAUUAUAAUUAUUAACAAUAACAAAAAUCUAUAUUAAAUCAAAAUAUAUUGAAUGAAAUACAUAUUUAUUAUUAAUACAUGCAAAACAAUAUUUACCUUAAAAACUUACAAAUAUUUAUGACAAAAAAAAAGGAAAAUGAAAAUCAACUAAUGGCUUAAACUGUGAGAAUUUUUGAGUUGUUUCUUCUCUCAAUGCCAAAUUUAUUUUUUUAUUUUUCUUUUUUAAUAUCUUGAUUCUGAGAAGAAAAUAAGAAUAUUUUCUUUUAGAACACUGUUGGCAUUUAUUUAUAACUUAUAAUAAUAUUUAUAUAAUUAUAUGUCAUUAUUUAUAAUAAUAAUUUUUACGAUAUAUAAAAAACUUGUUUUAUUAGCACCAACGAAAAGUUAUAAAAACAAAUGUUCAUGGAACUUAGUUAUGGGAAAUGUUGGUCAUGGAAAUGGACUU